UUUUCGUUUGGCACACGGGUGUGGUGGUUGUGUUGUUGGGCAAGUCCAGCAGCAAAAGCAAUAAUUUUAAAUAUAAUUUUAAAGCGAAUAUUGAGUUAAACAUACCGUCACAUAUCAGUAAUUCAAAAGUUCUAAUAUAUAGGAGAAGAUAUCUUUGAUGAGACUGCAUCGAUCGUCUGCAGAUAGUUAAAAGUGGUCUAAUCUGCUUUGGAAACGUCUGGCAGAAACCCCAGACCCUGCCAUCUAUAGAAAUUACAAAAAAAUGUAUAUGGGAUUUUAGUGUGGUGAUCGAGUGUAAAAGCAAAAUAAUAGUGGUACCGUACGAUACAAACGCCGAAGCAUCGUUAUAAUUACUAACAGCCAUUCGCGUCAAUAGAACGUGAUCAGCAAUCCAAAACAAUUCGGUUAUAAAUCAAUAUUGAAACUGGCAUCGCUAUUGGACCGGAGAAGCGCCAAAGAUGGAGGAGAACGUCAUCAGUAUGUUUAUGGAUGUAAAACUGGAUAUCCGCGAGCGGAAGCUGGAGUUUUCUCACCUCAAGUCUUGGACGCGUUAUUUUGUGCGUGUUGAAGCCGUCAAGUGCUUUCCAUGCUACGUCAAAAUAUCGUUCUUCAAAGCGCACACUGACGAGAGUACGGAUUUGAUUGUGCGCAUCAAUAUUCCCGGCUUGACUGUCCAAAUGGCCACCUCACGUACGCGGGCGCAUUCUUAUGGGCUGUUUUGGAAGCACAAUCGCAAACGGUGCUGCGCAUAUUUUGCCCUACCGUCUCAGUUGCUGUGCGAACGUCAUCUGCGGUGGAUGAAGAAAUCGAUCCGGAAUCUGGAGCUAUACCGACAGGAAAUUCUCCAGCUGCGACGUGCCAGUCGGACGCCGAUCCACGAAAUCCGCAGUGAGAUGCAACCGAGUUCGUCGAACAACGAUUUGGGGCUGUACCAGAAUCUCGAUUUCACACAGAAUAUGGCCGAUGUGUACGACAUCCUUGGACCGCUGCCUAACGUUCCGGACCAGUCGGACUUGAGCAUGGCGCGCAGAAUAUCCAGUGUUUCCGGCAUAUACGAGGAGAUUUUUGAUUACAAACAGCCAAAUGGCCCAGUCUUUGCUAACGGAUCACGAAUUUCUCGCGCUUCAAUUGCUUCCGGAAUUUAUGAGGAAAUGAAGUUGGCAGACAUUAGGGAGAAUGCCGAAAGCGCUUCUAAAGACCCAGUCGCUGAUGACGUGCCACCUCCUCCGUUGCCUCCCCGCCCAAGGUCACACACCAAUGAAUUUGAGUUGCAGAGAUCGUUCACCACACCGGAAGCGGAUUUCUUAAAAAAGAAAAAGCACUGGCACUUGUUCGAAUCCAUGUUCGGCCGACGAAGGACAAACAGUGGAUCCGCUAGUAUCGGCAAUGGAAGUGAUCUGAAACCUGCAGCUGCAACAGAAAAUGGCACAAAGAAGACAAUACUGCUAGAGAUGAGCCAGAAAGUGGUUCACCGGGAUAAGGUAGCUCAUCUACGGUUUGCCGAAAACAAAAGAAACAGUUUCUCCAGCCCAGACCUUAGUUUGCUGAAAGUAGAUGGAGGCUCAACAGAUAGUCUCUCCAAUGGAGGAUCAUGCAGCUCGGAAUUCUACGUUCAACAGGAUGAUGAAUUCAUUGAAGAAAAUUGUUUAAGGUCGACAGAACUUUUAACUGCUUCAAAAUGCUCUUCUAUUGAAGAGUCAAUGGCAAAUUUGCUAAUUAAUGACGAGGAGCAUGAAAGGCAAGAAAUGAAUGUUUCUGAAAAAAUUGUGCCUAAUUUCAACAUAUCAUGCAAUACAUCAAAUGUAAACCUGGCAGGUUGGGACUGUAUAAUUCCAGUGACCGAAAAAGAUCCUACUUCACUGUCACUUCCGCAAGGCUAUUGCGAAAUGGGUGCACCCGGAACAGGUUUCAAUCGCCAAAUGUUGGAAUGCGUGGAACUGCGUACAAAUACAGGCGACACCUGCAAUGCUGAAUCUAUCUACAUGAAUAUGGAAGGUAAAGGAAGAGUGAGCGAAGAAGGGAGCCGCUCUAGUUCAACAUCCAGCGGAGUAAGUAGCAUCUACAGCAACGGAAGCAAUUCGAGCAAUACGAAUAGAAACCGCAAUUCUGUUGACGAUAAAAUCGCUUCAUAUUAUCCGAACGAAGAUUUUCGAUUGCCAAAAAAGAUCGAGCCUAGUUCAACCACAGAAGGUAACUCUAUCGGAGAAAGCGUAAAAAGAUCUAACUCUACGCGUUCAGCAAGCCAUUACACGACAUCACCUAAAAACACCCAUCGAAAAACAUCUACCCAGAACAUAUCGACCAUUCCUCGAUUGAGUAAGUCACCUCAAAAACCGCUGUGUCAUAAAUCCAGAGUAACGACUAGAAGCAUUAGUUCAGAACGCGGAUCAUCCUCAGGUCCUAUAAUCACUAUAACAGACAGUUCUCCUACUAGAAACAGUGAAAACAACCCACCAGAAGCAACUCCAACCCAGAAACUGUACAAAAAGUACGCAACUAUCGCACGAGGAGCUUCCACAUCCCCCAGCAAGUAUCAGGAAAAAAUCUCAGCACGGAAAGGGGCAGAUCCGCUCCCAGUGGGAAAUGGAAAGCGCUUUGGAUCAUUACCGCGAUUCGCUAAAAUUGACUUAUCGCCCCUGCGAUUGAAAAUAAACAGCGUUUUGCAGCGUCACAAUCCAGAGAGUUUAUGAAAACUAAACCAGUGUUCUAGGUACAAUUCCUGAUGAUCUCAUCCACCGUAAGCAACUGGCGAUAGCAACGUAUGCCCCUUAAAUUCGCUGCAAUAUUCAAAAGCCUUUGUCCGCAAAGUUAUUGCUCAACUCAUUAAGCUUAAUUACCUGCUAUAAACUCCUCUUUAAACGGAAAUAAUUUUUGGCUUCCAAAUUAUAAUACGAUAAGUUUUAUGGCUAGCUUAAAGUAGACCUAUCAGAAGUUGUUUGAUAUUGUUAGAAGUGGCAAAUUUUGAAUUAUAAAAGCUUAGCUUACGGCCUUUUUCAUAUAUUUUAUGUUGAGCUAUUAGCAUGUUGUCCAUUGUUAGACGUGAAGGCACGAGUGAAAAUUUAAAAACACUGCACACAAAAAAACACAACUAGAAUAAAACAAUUUCUGUGAUCUGAUCGAGGACGGUACAAUGUAUACCCUGUUCCUUAAUGAAAACGAUAAAGAAGAAAUUGAAUUAAAGUCAUCCCAAAAAGGUUAAAUAAAGUGCACAGAAAUGACACGAUUUUAAAAA